CGCUUCAUUCGCUUACGGUGAUCGUACCACGGAGCCAGCUCAUUUGUUCCGUGUUCUUUUAGCUGUGAAACUGUCCAAUAGUUUGUGUCUGUGUAGUCUGUUCCAUGCGAGUGCCGAACACAGGCCACAUGCAUUGAUGAAAGCAAGUUGGCGGGACAUUCUUGCCAAAAAUUUUGGCUCAUCCUAGUCAUGUCGUCGUCGUUCUUUUUCACUCUAUUUAAUUACUAGUUCACCAUUUCUGCUUCGACGAGUUGAGAUAUUGUCGACCGUCUCUUUGCAUAUCAUCAGUAUGCCAUUGCUUGGAAGCCCGAAGCGACUAUGACCUCGAUCCGUUGUGGCCACUAAUGUUGCAGCGCCAGGUGCAGUCCUGCAAGAGAACCAGGACCAAUGGCCCCCAUGGAGUCUCAAGGCUGGAGGAAGAAAAGCACAGUAACCGUCCUCUAUAGUUACUCUUAUCCAGUGUCAAACUCCACUAGCACCAGCACUCAGGAUGGUGGGAACGAAGUGUCAAUGCGCGAGGGAGAACGGCUGAUUCUACUGGAGAAGAGUAAUACAGAUUGGUGGCAAGUGCGAAGACCAGGAGAUAAGAGUCAACCCUUUUAUGCCCCUGCCAACUAUCUGCAAGAAGAUGGGAUCAGCAAGGCCAAAAAAGCUAUUCCGUCUUCCCAGUCCUCCUUCAGCAGUGGCGAAUCUCUGGCUUCGAAAUACGGCCAUAAUGCCAUCAAUCCAUCUGGUCACAAUAAACUGAAUUUCAAUCGACGUCACAUUGGCGUUUCAUCGGCAGCUUCCGCUUCAGUCACACAUUUGAACGAGAGCCGAAGUGACGAUUGCCUGCAAUUAACUUCUCGUCAGCCAUCUGACAGGUCAUCUUCCGGCAGUAAAUGGUCCAUCCGGCAGGCGGCAAACUCCGAGCUUCGUAAACAGCGGUCUACCUCGAUGGACGCCAUCAUGUUCCUGGAGCUUUUGGAGAACGAGAUCAAAGACAUGCCUUGCGGAGCUAGUGGAGAUGUCACGAAAAAAGGCAAGAAUCACAACGGCGAAAAUAUACACAAUAGGAGCAGCAGUAGCAUCGGCAGACAACUAAAAAGCGAGUCCUUGGUCGAUAGAUUCAAGAAACCACGAAUCUCAAAAGAUCUGUGGGAACGACGGAAAUCUUGGGCUGUAGAAGAGUCAACUCCUCCCCCAUCUGUUCACUUGAUGGGACAGUCCUCACGCCAUCAUCGUCAUCCUCUGAAGGAAGAAGAAACAGCCAAUAUCAAUCCGAAACAACAUCACCAGCGUCGCUCAAUGCAGUCGCUGUUGGCCGCUCCGCCACUGCCACCGCGUCUUUCAGCCCAGCAAGAAAAUCAGUCGAGUCUCGUCAGAGUGCGAGAUAAAACGCCGACGACGAGUGUAAACCAACGGGAGUGCAGUGAUGCAGGUGAUGCUGAUAAGAAUAUUGAUAAGGCUCCAGCUCUCCCUCCCAAAAGGAAUCCCAAUCAAGGCGCAGUUAACGUUUCAUCAGUCGUGUCAGUGUCACCAGCCCGUCCAGCCAAAGCGGACAAUUACUCUCGAGUGAUACCUCUCCGAUCCGCUGCCUCCUCUGCUGGAGGAUCAGCCAACACUAGUGUCGUGUCGAAACGAACUCCUUCCAAUGCAGUUAAUAACGAAACGAUUUUGAAUCGUUCUUCCCCUCCACCUUCGUCGCCUCUUGUGAGUCACAAUCGCCGCUUAUCAGAGUCGUUUGAAAAGUUGGCGCAACAAAUCCAGACGCCCCUGUCCUAUCCCCACCCCAUCCCUCCACCGCGUCGUUCCUCAUCCGAAUCGAUGGAGCGGUCUGCUGGGAAUAUGGGUCAGUCCAGUUCAUCGUCUCCUCCUCGACUGCCCCCCAAAAAUACCAAACCUCCUUUGGCUAAACCAACAUCAACUGUUAAUACAACCACAGCUAUUACUGAAAAUGCGACCGCCACUACUGCGCAACAACAGAAGCAAACACCGAACACAUUGAGCAAUGCAACGUUUAGUACCAAAAAGGAGGUCAAGGAUAAUUACGUCAACCUUUUGAGACCGGUGACUGUGGUCGACGUGGUGGACGAUAUCCAAAGCGACGAAUCUGGCAUCAACAUGAGUUUCAACAAUCCGCUUUUCAGCGAAAAGGAGGACGCGCAAGAAAAAGGAUCGCAGGAACAAUUGGGUUCUAGUGUGGACCUUGAGAGUUCGAUUGACGAUGCUGUUAGCUUGAAAGCAGUCAAGAUAUCACGGGGAUCCGAAUCUAAUUUAUCUGGCAGCGAGUUGGAAGCCAACUAUGCCUCGUCCACUGAAGAUAUUUUGAGUUCGAAAGACUCGCUCAAUUCCAUCCCGUCAGCCUGGAGUGAUUAUGCGAAAUCGAAAAUGAAUAACAACAACAACACUAGCAGUCUAACGAAGCCACCGCCUGAUUCCCCGGGACCUCGACAACGGCCCAGACGAGAACUGUUUGAAAACUGGUUUGAAUAUGUGGACCAAACAUCUGGCCGGCCGUUUUAUUACAAUAAUGAAAACCGGGCCAAGAGUUGGAAACCACCACGGAGGAUAGGAACCAGUCCUAUCACUAGGGGAAUUUCGAUCGAGGAAGAGAAAUGUGACGAUGGUGAUCAACUGUCUAGCAGCGUCGAGUCUCAUCAUUCAUCGACCACUAGCCAUCAAUCACGUCUGGCGUCUAAAGCAGUUAUGGAAGCUCAAGCCGCAAACCACACCCUACUGGCUGUCCCACCCGGAUGGAUCGAAUCUACAGAUCCAUCUACUGACGAAGUCGUCUACAUCAACGCCUUCACAGGAGCAAGGUGGUAUACAUCUCUGGACAGCGAGGGUCGUGUCUAUUUCUAUGAAGAGGACAGCAACGAAUCGCUGUGGGCCCUUCCUCAAAUCACGUCCGUCCCUGGUUUGACUUUGUCCCCCGACACUGAACCGCAGGUCAUUCAGCAAGGCGUCUUUUAUCCGGAAGGCAGUAAACUCAGUCCAAAAAUGAACGAGCAACUGCCAGUCGUCCCUGUUUCGACAUCCAAAUGGGAUUUAGUCCGUCAAAGGACGUCGAAAGCGGACCGUAAUAGCAAAACUCGAUCAAUGGUCUUGACGAAUUUCAGCGGCUGUGUCGAGGACAUUGCCGUCGAGAAUGUGAGUGGAGAGACUAGUCGAGUGACGUUGUUAGCGCCCAGCAAAACGGCCUCACUACCCCGCAAUGUCCAGCCGCAAUGGCCCAAUUUGCAAGGGGGUAGCAUCAGAGUUCUACAACAAGGUGUGUUACACAAAACCAAAUUGACGGAGAAUGGCAAGAAAAUUCGCAAAAAUUGGACUUCCUCGUGGGUCGUGUUGACAGACUUAUUUCUCUUCCUCUUUAAAGAAACCAGCACGAAAAUGUCUGCCGCUGCUGCUGGAUCACCGACUGGAACCAACAAACCGGAAUUGUGUGUUGAUUUGAACGGAGCGACUAUCGAAUGGGCAGCCGUCAAAUCGAGUCGUAAAGGCGUUUUCCAAGUUUCGACCCUUCUCGGCGUUCAGCUCCUAUUGCAAGACGAAGAUGAGACCAACGCCGUUGUUUGGUAUAACGAAAUCAAACGUGCCAUUCAGCGCUUACCCUGCGGCACGAAAGAGACAACAAAUCAUUACCCGUCACCGUCUCCGUCGAUUAACACUAGACCCCACAAAUUGUCGUUAGAAAGCAAAAAUUUCUCGCCAGAGUUCGGGCACAAACGCAAUGACUCGCACCAUUUUCUCAGUCCGCCCUCCCCCGAUGUGCCAAUGAGUUUCAGCAACAAUAGCAGUUUGGUGAAACAAGGCAGUAAGAAGAACCGGCUGGGACGGACCAAAUCCACCAAAGUGCCUUUCCUUGGUAGUACGGAGGACCUGACGGCAGUUGGUUCAGGAACCGCCCCGGAAAGGCAAAAAAAUUUGAGAGACAAAUUGCGCAAAUUUUUCGUGCGCAGACCGACGGUCGACACGUUAGUCAGAAAAGGCAUCUGGAAGGAUGAGCCAGUGUUUGGCUGCCACUUGGCGGCACUCUGCCAGGCCGAUGAGUCCACUGUGCCCAAAUUUGUCCAGCAAGUCAUUCAACUGAUUGAGAGCAAAUUGGAGAACAUGAAAGCAGAUGGAAUUUAUCGAGCUAGCGGAAAUCUUUCUCAAAUUCAAAAGAUUCGUUGCCAGGUCGACCAGUACAACUGGGCCAUCUUGGAAAUCGAAGACGAUGUUCAUGUAUUGACGGGUUGCCUGAAACUCUUCUUCCGUGAACUGAAGGAGCCGCUUAUCCCGUGCCCACUCUUUGAGAAAGCUUUGCAAGCGACCAAUUAUCAGGGACCUAAUCCGGAACGAAUACGGCGAUAUCGAGAAAUCGUUGAAUCAUUGCCGACGGAGAAUUACGAUACGUUGCAGUACCUUUUGCGCCAUUUGCUCAAAAUUACCGAGUACCGCGAGCAUAACCGCAUGCACAUUUCCAAUUUGGCCAUCGUCUUCGGGCCAACUCUGAUGUGGGCAGCCACCGUGUCCAACAACUUGGCGCUCGACAUGAUGCAACAGAAUCUUGUAGUCGAAGCUUUACUCAACAACUACAACAACAUUUUCAACAGGUGAUUUGUCUUGGUUAUCUAAGCAGAUUCAACAUUUACAAAAUGCCUAGUGCAAAAGCACAAAAAUAUUCGAAUAACUUCACUUGGGUCUGACUGGAUAAGAUGACUGGAAAUUGUCUCUUUCUCUUGUGGCUACCAUAGGCCAAUUAGAUAGACUGGCUGUUUGUAACUAUAUAUUGCACACGUAUCAUUAUUUCCGAUCGCGGCCUUCCUUUUCAUUGACAGUUUGAAAGUGUAUCUGCCAGACUGUAUUGUAUUAACAUGUUUAAAUUUGCUGUAUCAUAUGAUGAUGAGGGAUGUGUUUUGCGGAUUCCGCUUGGUCGAGUUAUGUUGCUGCAUUUUUUAUUUUGUCAGCAUAUCUUCACUCUUUCUCUUCCCCAAGUACGGUGGUUAUUUUCAUCAUGUUAUUCUAUUUUGUUCCAAUGUCGACUCCUGCCCAGAGUAGAAAAAUUAUAAGUACAGAGUAACCUUGUUCGUACGGAGAAUCAGAUCAGCGAUUGCGCCUUUUUUUCCCGUUUAUUAGUUAUUGCUAUUUACGUGUACAUCAUUGUCUUGAUUUUGCCUUCUUAUUUUCUCCUGCCACCAUACACCCAUACAUUCCCGGUAUAGUUUGACCCAUUGUUUGGCAAUAGAGUAUCGAUUGACAAAUGUUUUGAAACCUA